AUGAAGACCAACUUUGGGAGUUUUAAGGAAUGUUGGGCAAGUAUUGAAAACUCGAUUAGGAUUGAUCCUGACCCAGUUUUUGGCUUGUCUUAUAAUUGGCUACCCUUCUUGGAUUCUUUUGAAGAAUCUUCAUGUUUUACUCUAAAACGUUUGGACUGGGAGGAAUUGGAAAAUGUAGAAGCUGUCUGCUCCAGCAAGUUUGUUCAUCUGAGGAAUUUUUGUGCUAGUUUGGGAUCAAGAAGGCACUCAAUUCUUGAUUUUGUUGCUUCUACCACAUCAGCCACUGCCUCAUUUGCAAUGGAUGCCAGUACCAGCCCGAACUCCAACUUUUUACCGAACUUUUCAGUGCCCCCUUCAGUUCCUCAGCCUACUACUAAUUUUCUUGCUCCUGUGUUUUCCCAAAACAAUGUGCUGUCAACAGAAGAAACGAGUUUUUUCAAUCUUAAACUUGAUGUCGAUGGCUGUUUGAGGGAACUGAGGAAGAGGGAUCUGGAAACAACACAGGUAGAAAGGGAUGGGAUGGGGAGCAACAAAAGGAUUGGUUGGGAAAUGAACUUUCCGACUUAUUCUAUGUUUGCUACUGCAUCCACCCCCUCACCCUCUGUUUCUCGUAAGAACACAAAACUGAAGUUUGUGCUUGAGAAGCAGUUGACAAAAAGCGAUGUCAGCUCAGUGGGGAGGAUCCUUCUGCCCAAGAAGCAGGCAGAGGCCGAGCUUCCAAUUUUGGAAGAUAAGUGGGGCAUCAGUCUUACUGUUAGGGAUGCCUUAUCUUGUGAAAAGUGGACAAUGAGAUACAGAUAUUGGCCAAACAAAUAUAGCAAGAUCUAUGUCCUCGAAAACACAGGUGAUUUCAUUAGAAAGAAUAAUCUGAAGCCUGGGGACUUCAUUGCUAUAUAUCAGGACAACAGAAAGAAAAAUUUUGUUUGUGCCAGAAAAACUGAAAGGCCUCCAUUCCCCUUGGAACUUAUUGCUACGGAUGAAGAAGAGGAUGGAAGAGAUAAUAGUCAAACAGCUGUUCAAAGCUAUGACUAUUCAGCAAGUUCUCCAGGGAAUAUCACCGUUGCUAGUGAUCCUGCAAGUUCCUCAGCUGAUAUCGCCCCUGUUGGUGAUCAUGCAACAGAGCCAAUUGUGAAACCAUGGGAUUCUUGGGAUCAUGGUUCUGGUGAUUCAUGGACUGAUGGUUUUGGUGUUGAUCACAACUUGAUGGACUUCUAUAACUGCAACCAUACACAAUAUCGAAGGUUGCUGAGUUUUGAUGAUCGAGAUCUUUCACUCUUUGAUUUUAGCAGGCCAGAAGAAGAUGAUACUGAAACGAGCAGAGCCAGUAAGAAGAAAGGCUUGGAGGAUAAAUUUGCAAAUAAUAUAGGUGAAUAUAUGCAAAAACUCAACCGGCCCGCCUUCCCGAAAACCGCAAAGAUAGCCGAGCAUAAAGCGCCCCCCCCCCCCCCCCCUCCACAUUCACCUUCAAACCCCACCUCCCCAUGGCCUCACUCUCCUCCCUCUCCUCCUUCUCCUCCCCUCUACCUCUCCCUCCCCUCCCCUCUCUCCUCCUCGUCCUUCCCUUGCCCUCCCUCCCUUACCCUGAAACCCAAACCCCUCCCCUCCCUCACCCUCAACCCCACCCGCGCCCAACCUCCGACGUCGACACCUCCUCUUCGACAACGGGGACCCCAACCAAGUAGCAUCCCUUCGCACCCCCCAUCCCCUCCCGAGGGCUACACCCCUCCUCCCUCCUUCGACGAGCUCCCUCCCGAGUCCGAGGACGAGAUCGCCGCCGCCUACGAGGAAAUCUACGGCCCCGCCUACAGCGGAUUCAGCGUCCUCGGCAACGAUGUCUACGUCAUGGAUUCCAAGGUGAAGAAGAGCAGCGGGAGCGGGCUCGGGAGGAAGAAGAGGGAGAAGGCCAACGACGGGUUCGAUGAGAGGGUGGUUCAGGUGAGGAGGGUGACGAAAGUGGUGAAGGGAGGGAAGAACAUGAGUUUUAGGGCGGUGGUCGUUGUUGGGGAUAAGAAGGGGAGGGUCGGUGUUGGGGUCGGGAAGGCCAAGGAGAUUGUUGAUGCGAUCGCCAAGUCGGCGGCGAAUGCGAGGAGGAAUAUCAUUGCCGUGCCCAUGACUAAGUACUUGACUUUCCCGCACAGGGCUGAUGGAGAUUAUGGAGCAGCGAAGGUAAUGCUGAGGCCUGCUUCACCUGGUACCGGUGUUAUUGCUGGGGGAGCAGUCAGGAUAGUUUUGGAGAUGGCAGGUGUGGAGAAUGCUCUUGGGAAGCAACUCGGAAGCGAUAAUGCCCUCAACAAUGCAAGAGCCACUCUGGUUGCUGUGCAAAAGAUGAGGCAGUUUAGAGAUGUUGCUCGUGAGCGCGGUAUUCCAAUGGAGGAACUCUGGAAAUGAUUGACAGAUGGAGAUUAAUUCUCUUUUUUUUCAUGCUUUUUUCUUUCGGUGUUGUAUCUUCAUCAAAGUAGAGAGUUGUGCAUUUUGUUUUUGUUUUUUUUUCUUUGUACCUCAUGAGAUGGAAAAGCUUGUUUAAAUGGAAUCAUCUGAAACUGUGCCUUAAUUUGUACACGGUUACUGGGUUAUUUUCUUAUUUGGGAUAUAGUCAAAAUGCUUCUUGAGAUAA